AUGCAUCUUCAAGUCUUUCUUCCCGUUUUGGCCCUGGUCUCAACUUCAUUCGCUGCCCAGUUGACGCAAGUCACAAAUUAUGGCGGCAGUGCGCGGGCCAAACCUGGGAUGUGGGUGUAUGUGCCCGAUCAAGUGAAGAGCGAUGCUUUGGUAGUAGCAAUACACUCAUGCCAAUCAUCCGCGCAAAAGUACUUCCAGAACAGCAAGAUCCCAUGGAAGCAAGGUUCGGAUGCAAAGGGCUACGUAACAGUGUGGCCGAGUUCGACCACGGAGUGCUGGGAUGUAUCUAGCAGGUCUUCGCUCUCUCACAAUGGUGGUGGCGACUCUAAUGCGAUUGCAAACAUGAUUGUGUAUGCAGUCGACAAGUACAAGAUUGAUUCAAAGAAGGUCUUUGUUACAGGUGGAUCAUCGGGCGGCAUGAUGUCGAAUGUCCUGGCAGCGACGUAUCCGGAACUCAUCUCUGCUGUGUCGCUAUACUCCGGCGUUCCGGCAGGCUGCUUUGUGUCUUCCUCUGGGGCAUCAGCUGCCUGGAAUAAUACCUGCUCAGGCGGACAAUCUAUCUCGACCGCGCAGCACUGGGGAGACGUAGUACGAGGCAUGGAUGCCGGGUAUAACGGGACGAGACCGCGGAUGCAAUUCUGGCACGGGAGUGUUGACUCAACACUAUCACCCAGGAACUACGACGAAACAUUGAAGCAAUGGAGCAAUGUUUUCGGCGUAUCUACGACCCCGACAAAAUCGCAAAAGGACACACCAGAAAAGAACUAUAGGACGGAUGACUUCGGUCCAAAUGUCCAGGGGAUCUGGGCCGUAGGAGUCGGGCAUUCUGUUCCGUCGCAUCUGACAGUUUCCGAGGCUUGGUUCGGCAUGUAG